GAAGUGGACUCAGUUGCGGAGGUUUAGGCAAAAACUUUGAUUUUGAAAACAAGUUCUUCCGCUGACAUGCGGGGAUGAGAAAAAAGUACAAAUCAAAAGCUCUCCAACAGAGGAAUAAGUCAGGGCAACCACAGUCAAUGUUCAAACAAAAAUGCACUCCAAAAGGGAGGAAAGGCAAAAAACACAAAACGCUCCAAAUGGAGGAAAAAGUCAAGAUGGCUAAGAUCAAAAAGGUUCAAACAUGGCUCGUGGCCCGGGUGGGCGGACGGGGUUGGGGACGGGCGUGGGGACGGGCGUGGGGUUGGUGGUGCCCUCUUGCCAUCCCUGAAGGCCGGUAGAUGGGCGCGCGGGUGGACCACCCUGGAUUCUGGGGGGGGGGACAAGGGCUCCUUUGCUGGGCAGCGGGAGGAGGGAUGGGCUGCGCCACCCCCCCCCCCCACCUACCCCCCCGGCCCUGCCCUCCCUCCCCGGGCUGGCUGGGUGGGGGUCGUGGCCCUGUGUCGGCACCUGCAUGGCGUCUCCGCUCGUCUGCGUGGCUGUUGCGUGCCCGGUGGGGCUCACGUGCCGCUGGAUGUGAUUGGGCGCGCUCGGGCGGGGGGUCCCGGUGCCGGGAUUGGCAAUGGGGCGUCGUAGGGUCGGUCGCCAACGGGCUUACACUCACAAGGGGUUCACACGAUUACUGGGUUCUAGACCACAGAGAUGAUUUGUGUACACUCUACCCCUUUCUAUCACUUAGCUUAUAGACUCCCCCACCUCCUUCCCCCUCUUUCCCUGGUCAACAGGCCCCCCACAUGGUGUCAACCGGAAAUACAUUUAGCUGACGAUAGCACCAACAUAUUAGUAGUUAGUGUAGUUAGGCGUUCAAUGUAUUUCUUGUUGUUGUUUGUGUUUCUUUUCUUUCUUCUCUUGUGUUUCUUUUCUUCUGUUCCCCCAUAACCCCGUCCUGUUCGCUGCUUUGUCAUAAUAAACGAGGUAUGUUGAAUGAUCACAAUGGGAGUGUGUCAGACUCUCAAUGUGAAACAUUAAAACUGUUCAAAUGAUCCGCACUUAGACUUCCAUUCUCCGUGUCAAACAGCUGAACAGGACAGCGUUAAAAUAAAAAAAUUAAAAAUAAAAAAAAAAGGUUCAAACACAAAGCGCUCCAAAUGGAGGAUAAUAUUCAGUAUCACUAUGACAGGCUAUGGCAAGCGGCUGACGUGACUGACCUUGGAAGAAAGACACUUCUACACAAGACAGGGGAAACAAGGGCAUUAUAUACACACAAGGUAAUGGGUAACAGGUGGAAACAAUAGGUCAUUAGGUGACAAGAGGAAGGGCAAGUACGCGACUAUGAAGAGGGUGAAGCCUUCCAAAUAAAACAGGAAGCGACGUGGCAUGACACUACUGCCGUAUCAAAUAUGGCUCACACAGUACUUACAGGCAGGCAACCAUAGAACCAGACAAUGCCAAUGAGUGACAAUUCACAACAUGCACUUUGCUGGGCAUCUGCACAGAUAUUUACUUAUAAAUUUUGUUGUUUUAUGACUUUUCUUAGUGAUUAUUUCUUUCUGAGAACACAGUAGUUAUAAUUUAUUUUUAGGGCUCGAGAAUUAACUGUGCGAGAGCCCUAUUGUAAUGCAAAGGAUUCUUAUUAUUAUUUCUUCUCCUCGGCAAAUGAAAAUGGCCAAUUUGGAGGCCUGAACAUGCUCGAAAACUCACCAAAAUUUACAGAUACAUGCAGCUUCACGUAAAUUGUGAUUAUUUUGCAACGUUGUGGAAAAAUUUAACAAAAUGGCUCAGUGGCGCACCCUUGGAUUUUUUAAAAAGGCCUCUCUAUUUAGGUUUUUUUAACGUAGAGCAAUGAAAUUUAGGGAGUCGAUACACUGCGCAAAACUGCUCCAAAAAGUCUCUUGCACCCACAUUCCAAACCAAACAGGAAAUCAGCUAUUUUGGAUUGAAUCUGAAAUUUCUAUCGAUUAAGAGGGUGCACAUUUGAGACCUUAGCACCUAGAGUGUUCGUUGGAUCUUCCUCAAAAUUGAUUGAAUGUUCAUGCGACAUAUGAGAUCUUAAGUUCAGUUAAGAACUGUCUUCAAUAAGGGCUUUUUCAUCUAGGUGUGUAAAUGUAUUUGUAAUCCCCAAAAAAGAGGCAAGUUCCGAGAAAGUUAGGUUCCCAGGAGAUGUUGAGAGGGAGACGAUCUGCCACCACCCUGACCUGCGUGCCGUCCGAGUUGCGCCAAGGUGCGAGGGCCCGUUCAGUCCUGCUUGUAGGAACGGAACUCGUUUGUAACCCAGGGACUGCCUGUAUAGUAUUGUAUCACAUUUACAUAACUAGGCUAGCAUAACAUGUUGUAGCUGCAGAGUGCGUACGCCACACGGCGUUCAUCAUAUUCAACAAUUUCCUUUACAACUGGUCGUUUGUCAAAACUGCAAACAUGAAUGCGGCGUGGAGUUACUAAAAGGUUCCAUUAAAAGGCUUUUACGUUCGCUGAUGGAGCGUUCCGACUCUCCUUUUGGGUCACAGAGUCGCGGCUUGUUUCCAGCUUGUCUGCGCGGGCCUACGCAUUGCGGACACCGCGUCUGGUGGCGUGCCAGCUCGCAUUAUUCAAAUUUAAUUUAGCGGAAAGUACUUUUGCUUGCCACAGUUCUGUCUCCAUCUGCGGUGCAAAUCAGCGCUACUUGUCAUUGUUUGUUGUGUGUGUGUGUUUUGUUUACGAGGCCUGCAUUGCAUUAGAAAAGACACACAGGCAGGUUUAUGGCCUCGAAUGAGCUUAUUUGACUUGAUCAGCUGACCGUUUGGCGGGUAAAAAUACACUGAGCAAUUUUUCCUAUUGGCUAAACGUCCAAUAUGCGAAUUUUCCAUCUGCGUUUCGUUGGCACGUGGCACCGCAAGCCUGCUAGGGAUGGCCGAUACCAGUGAUUUUGGAUUCGAUCCGAUACCAAGUAAUACCAAGGCCAAAUAUUGCGAUCCCGAUCCGAUAUCGAUACCGGAAGUUCAUAUUUUAUAUAUAUUAUUUAUACACACAACCCUGCAGAGUUUUCAGCCAUUCUGAUGAUAUCUAAUGUACAACUACAGCAAGCACUCAAAAACUAUUAAAAGUCUCUUUGUGUCGAAUAUGCAUUGCAAUGAAAAACAGCUGCUUUUAAUAACUAGCAAAGCAGUUUCCCUACAAACUCACAAACCAAUCCAUUAUCAACAAAUUCUGAUUAGUCAGUCUCACUCUUUAACCAUGACCCUUAAAUUCAUAUGCACAGAACAUUUCCCUGCUACACGUUGUAUUUGAUCAAAUUUUAAUCUACCCAAGUUAAAUAUUUUUGAUCUAAUUAAAGAACGAAUUAAUAGUAGCAUGUUACCGCCCUCUAAUGGUUGAUCAUUAAAAACAAAUCCAAUAAACAAGUCACUUGCCGUUUUUGAAUUUUAUUCUACUAACACAAUUUUCAAACAGAUAUUGAAAUAAUUGAAACAGACCUUAAACAAAAUAAAAAUAAAUAGCAACAAAACAUAAGAAAUCAAGCAUUUAAUUGUUUGAAACAAAACAAUAUGGAAAAAUAUAUUUCACAGAAAAACAAAAUAUUAAACAAAUUAAGUACCAAACAUAAAUAAACAAGAAAUAAUAAUAAAUGAAUAAGUAAUAAUAAUAAGGUCAAGUAAAGCAUUAGGUCAGUAAGUUUCCUUGAGAAGUCUGCAGCAGGAUAGUUUAAAUCUCUAAAUAUUUAACAAACCAUUCACUUAACACGUUUAUUAAAGUCCCUAUACCUGAUUUUUUUUUUUUUUGUGGAAUAAGUAGGGCUGUCAAAAUUAUCGCGUUAACGGGCGGUAAUUAAUUUUUUAAAUUAAUCACGUUAAAAUAUUUGACGCAAUUAACUCACAUGUCCCGAUCAGACAGAUUUAAAUGUCAGUAGAGUGAAAUGCCCACUUGUUAAUUGUGUUUAAUGGAGUUUUGCCGCCCUCUGCUGGCGCUUGGGUUCGACUGAUUUUAUAGGCUUCAGCAUCCAUGAGCAUUGUGUAAGUAAUUAUUGACAUCAACAAUGGCGGGCUACUAGUUUAUUUUUGAUUGAAAAUUUUACAAAUUUUAUUAAAGCGAAAACAUUAAGAGGGGUUUUAAUGUAAAAUUUCUAUAACUUGUACUAACAUUUAUCUUUUAAGAACUACAAGUCUUUCUAUCCAUGGAUUGCUUUAACAGAAUGUUAAUAAUGUUAUUGCCAUCUUGUUGAUUUAUUGUUAUAAUAAACAAAUACAGUCCUUAUGUACCGUAUGUUGAAUGUAUAUAUCCAUCUUGUGUCUUAUCUUUCCAUUCCAACAAUUUAUUUUACAGAAUAUAUAUAAAAUUUACAGAAAAAUAUAGGAUAUUUUAUAGAUGGUUUGAAUUGCAAUUAAUUGCGAUUAAUUACAAUUAAUUAAUUUUUAAGCUGUGAUUAACUCGGUUAAAAAUUUUAAUCGUUUGACAGCCCUGGGAAUAAGAUAAAAUAUGUGUUUUGUAUUUUUGAGUUUGGACAGGAAAAUAUUAAUUCCCAAUUUGUGUGAGCCUGAGGGAAAAGUAGUACAAAAAGUGUGCACAAAAAUAUACCCAAAAAAUAGACAAAGAAAAUAUAUUAAUUCCAAAUAUCGAUACUUUUGCUUGGGGAUCGAUACCUAAAACUGGAUCGAAAUAUCGAUAUUUUGGUAUCGAUCCGCCCAUCCCUAACGCCUACUGUCUGUGUGAGGUCAGUGCUUUUCAGGGAGGCAUUCCCACGGGAGCAUUCGUCUAAUAACUAAUUAGAAUGGAGAGAAGGGGAGGUCAGCGGGAUGGCCGGAGACAAAUGAUGUGAGCGAGACCGACGCGAGUCUUAAUUGAAUGAAAGCUCCUCCUGCUCUCAGAUGUUGUAAACAAUAAUGCUUCAGUUAGCCAACCCACUUGUCUUUUGCUUUAUUGUCCACCUGCUAACCCUGACAUCACACCCUCCCAUGUUAAGCCCAGACUUGAAUCAAUCAAAGCCAAAGGGAUUAGAUACUUGAGCAUUUCCACCCUUAGUCUUCUUACUCCUCGCCAGCCCACGCAGCAGAUUCCUGAUGAAGCUUCCCACUUCCUCAAACUCCGGCUGAUCUGUCUCUCGGCUGCUCCUAAAUCAACCUUAUAGCCCAUUUUAGAAAUUACUCCCAUCAGGAAGUGCAUACAUUCCUUUUCCUUCCAUUUGCGCUGAGAAAAGUGCGAGCGUGCAUCAAUAGCUGCUGAUCUUUGUUAAUAUCGGAUUGGUAAGUUUUCAGACAUUUUAUCAUGUAGAACAAACUCGGAUAAAAAGCAUGGGGAAAAAAAUGAAUUAGUUUAAAAGUGCAAGUAAGUUUUCAGACAUUUUAUCAUGUAGAACAAACUCGGAUGAAAAGUAGGGCUGUCAAAUGAUAAAAAUUUGGAAUCGAGUUAAUCACAGCUUAAAAAUGAAUUAAUCGUAAUUCAUCGCAAUUCAAACUAUCUCUAAAAUAUGCUAUAUUUUUCUGUAAAUUAAGUAAUUAAAGUUGUUGUAAUGGAAAGAUUAGACACAAGACGGAUAUAUACGUUCAACAUACUGUACGUAAGUACUGUAUUUGUUUAUUAUAACAAUAAAUCAACAAGAUGGCAUUAACAUUAUUAACAUUCUGUCAAAGCGAUCCAUGGAUAGAAAGACUUGUAGUUCUUAAAAGAUAAAUGUUAGUACAAGUUAGAGAAAUUUUAUAUUCAAACCCCUCUUAAUGUUUUCGUUUUAAUAAAGUUUGUAAAAAUUUCAAUCAAAACAUAAACUAGUAGCUCGCCAUUGUUGAUGUCAAUAAUAAUUAAGGUGCUGAAACCCAUAAAAUCAGUCGCACCCAAGCGCCAGCAGAGGGCGGCAAAACAAAAAACACAAGUAACAAGUGGAAAUGACACUUUGCUGUGAUUUUAUUUAUCUGUUUGAGCGGGGCGUGUGCGUUAAAUGCGUCAAAUAUUUUAACAAGGGCUGUCAAACGAUUAAAAUUUUUAAUCGAGUUAAUCUCAGCUUAAAAAUGAAUUAAUCGUAAUUAAUCGCAAUUCAAACCAUCUCUAAAAUAUGCCAUAUUUUUCUGUAAAUUAUUGUUGUAAUGGAAAGAUUAGACACAAGACGGAUAUAUAAGUUCAACAUACUGUAUGUAAGUACUGUAUUUGUUUAUUAUAACAAUAAAUCAAGAUGGCAUUAACAUUAUUAACAUUCUGUCAAAGCGAUCCAUGGAUAGAAAGACUUGUAGUUUUUAAAAGAUAAAUGUUAGUACAAGUUUGAGAAAUUUUAUAUUCAAACCCCUCUUAAUGUUUUCGUUUUAAUAAAGUUUGUAAAUUUUCAAUCAAAACAUAAACUAGUAGCUCGCCAUUGUUGAUGUCAAUAAUAAUUAUGGUGCUGAAACUCAUAAAAUUAGUUGCACCCAAGCGCCAGCAGAGGGCGGCAAAACAAAAAAAACACAAGUAACAAGUGGAAAUGACACUUUGCUGUCAUUUUAAUCUGUUUGAGCGGGGCAUGUGCGUUAAAUGUGUCAAAUAUUUUAACAAGGGCUGUCAAACGAUUAAAAUUUUUAAUCGUGUUAAUCACAGCUUAAAAAUGAAUUAAUCGUAAUUAAUCGCAAUUCAAACCAUCUCUAAAAUAUGCCAUAGUUUUCUGUAAAUUAUUGUUGUAAUGGAAAGAUAAGACACAAGACGGAUAUAUAGGUUCAACAUACUGUACAUAAGUACUGUAUUUGUUUAUUAUAAUAAUAAAUCAACAAGAUGGCAUUAACAUUAUUAUCCAGUGUUGUCACAGAUUACUUAAAAAAGUAAUUUAAAUACUGAUUACUGAUUACACCUCAAAAAAGUAAUCUAGUUACUUUACCCGUUACUUUAUUAUCAAACUAAGUUACUUUAAAAGUAACUUAUCAGUAAAAGUAACUUAUCAGUUACUUUUUACCAAUUUUUCUCCUUUUGCUGCCUCAACAUAAAAAUGACAACAACAAAAAAUGUCAUCACAUGUAAUUGAAUUUUUUACAUAAGGCUUAAUCUUUGAGUUAGCGGGGGUUUAAUUAGUCGAUGGAGUUGAUUUCAACCUCGCGCUAGCUUAGCCACCCCGGAGCCCUGAAACUAACAAAUAACUGAUAAACUGCACGGAAUUUGUUCAAAUCAACUCCAACGACUAAAUAAACCCCCGCUAACUCCAAGAUGUCAAAAAUUCUGAACUUCCCCUUUAAAAUAAAGACCUAGCUGUUAAAAUAAUGUCUAUAAAAGUUGUAAAGCAACAAAAACAAACAACAAAAUUAAUGAAAUGAACAAGAAUCCUACAACGUAUUUCAUAAUGGGUCAAAAUCAUUUUUCGAGUGGAUCAUUUGACUAGCACCUAAGACACUAGGUUUUGCUUUGCUAAGCCAAAACUACACCUGUGGAGGCAAGAUGGAUAUUUAGAAUUUCUGCAAACCUGUUUUCAAACGCAACCAACAACAACUGAGCUUGAACAGUUUUAUAUAUAUAUAUAUGUAUAUAUACAGUAUUGGCCAAAAGUUUGGUGACACCUCAAAGGUGGAUACUUUGAAGAAUGUAGAAUAUAAAACCUGUUUUCAGUUAUUUCACUUUUUUGGCCAUUCCACAUGUUCGUUCAUUGUUUUUGAUGUAUUCAGAGAGGAUUUACAAUAGUAGGGAAAAUAUAUAAAACGUAAAAAUUUUAGGUGUGUCCAAACUUGCAACAACAUGCUUUACAAACACUGACAAUAAAAUGUGCAUAUAGGCUGGUUACAAAGUGUAGAAGUGCUGGCUGUCUUGUCAUCUGUAGGCUUUUUCAAGUUUUGUGGCGCUGUCCUGUAAUUCCAAGUGCUUCCUUGUUGAAUUGGAUGUCGUUUUUAGCGGUCGACAGUCUUUUUCAGCCAGCGUAAAGUUUGCAACGCACGGAGAUAUUUUUGUCAUCUUUACUGGACAGAAAUGUAAAGUAAUGGCUGUAUUUCCAGUGAGCAAAGGCAUCGAUUUGCGGAAUAUAUCCUGCCUUUCAAUGUUAGCCUCGCUGCCUCGUCAGAAUGCUAUGUUGUUGACCGCCGUGGUAGACAGCCUCAAACAGCAUCGUAAUACACGUGACCCGUUUUUUUUUUUUCCCCCGAUGAGAAAUGCUCUUCGUGCAUGACUACAGUAUUCUUCAUUCUACAUACAUUAUGAGGCAAAAACAAAAUAGUAACGCACAGGCACUAGGGAAACUAACUUUAAUCGGAUUACAGGCUUGGAAAAAUGAACGCGUUAGAUUACUCGUUACUGAAGAAAGUAAUCAAAUUACAGUAACGCGUUGCUUAGUAACGCGUUACUGACAAAACUGAUCGUGAGCUUUGUAUCGCAAAUCGUAUCGUAUCGUGAGGUACCAAAAGGUUCCCACUCCUAGUUCUAGCCUGGCCUAGCCAGUCUCCAGACCUAAACCCGAUAGAAAACCUUUGAAGGGAGCUCAAACUCUGUGUUUUUCAGCGACAGCCCAGAAACCUGGCUGAUGGGUGGGUCAAGAUCCCUCCUGCAGUAUGUGCAAACCUGGUGGAAAAAACUACAGGAAAUGUUUGAUCUCUGUAAUCGCAAACAAACUCUACUGUACCAAAUAUUAACAUUCGUUUUGUCAGGUGUUCAAAUACAUAAAACCCCCAAUACAUAAAUCCACUGACAUAAAAACCCCAAAUACAUUUAUGUGCCAAUACAAAACACAACAUGUACAUCAUUGAGAUGGGCAACACAUUUCCCGAAAAAAUCUGCCCUGAUGAAAUUAUAGCAUAUCAUUUUCAUGUAACACCUUUGUAAUGAUAAUCCCUGAAAGCGCCAGUCAUAAAGCCAGGAGUGAAAUCUGCCUCGUGUCAGCGUUUACAAUGAGAAGCACUUGCAUGAUUAGAUGUCUUUGCGAUCAAUGCCGCCUCUUCUGACGAUCAUUAAGACUGCUCUUAACAGAUUACAGCCCCCUCCCUGGCACGCACUGCUCCCCUCUCAUCCUUCCGUUCCUGCUCCUCCUUCCAUCACACAUACACACACACCAACGCACACACAGGAGGACCUGACUUUAUUUCUUCAUCUGAGCAUUUUUCGGACCGUCCGGUCGCUCUAUCACGUUUUGGCUGAUGAGAUGCUAAAUGUGUGACAUUGAUAUGACAAACUAAGUAACUCCUGUCCAAGUCAGAUGCCAGAAGCCAUGGACCGGCUCGUCAUCCUAUGCCACCUUAUGAUUUUAUGUUUGAAUCCAUCCGGAGCCACCAGCCUCAUCACAGUGAAUGCAUUUGAAACAAGAGGUCAGCGCGUGUGCAAAGCGGGCAACAGCAAGCCGUGUUACAAGCUCGCUUACUUCUCCGACCUGCGACGGAGGUUGAAUUUCGCCGAGGCCGAACUAGCCUGCCGUCGGGACGGCGGGCAGCUGCUGAGCGUGGAGUCGGCGUCCGAGCAGAAGGUCAUCGAACAGCUCAUUACAGAGUUGAGGCCGACAGACGGAGACUUCUGGAUCGGACUCCGGCGUAACCACGGUGAUGAGGACAGCAGCGGGAGCAGCGAUUGUUCGUCGCAGUACCGCUGGUUGGAUGGCACAAAGUCAACAUUUAGGAACUGGCACUGGGAUGAGCCAUCGUGCGGCUAUGAGGUGUGCGUGGUGAUGUAUCACCAGCCAUCCGCUCCGCCGAGCCUUGGCGGCCUUUACAUGUUUCAGUGGAAUGACGACAACUGUGAAACCAAGCACAAUUUCAUCUGCAAAUACACAGCAGACAAGACAGCUGUUUCUUCUCCGCCCAACUCUACACAUGCAGACAUCUUCCCCUCAUCGGUGCCUUGGAAUCCAAGCGACCACAAUGCAAAGAGGAGUACAGCAUUGAACGUGAUCUACAUCAUCAUCCCCACAAUUCCGCUCAUUCUCCUGCUGCUGACGGUAACCUGUGUCUGCUGCUUCAAAAUGCUCGUCGCGAGACGGACGAAAAAGCAGAAGUCAGAAGUAACGUUGACGGACACGGGCCCGACGACAGCCGACGUGUAUAAUGUGAUUCGCUCCCAAAAAGAUGACGACUUGGUAUCUGCGCGCCCGCAUACCAAAAACACGUCCUUUCUGUGCUCGUCCCCUGACACCCCCACGGGCGAUUACGACAACCUCGGAGGCCGCGACACCGAGAGCGGCUUUGUAACUCUGGCCAGCACUGAGAGCUGCUUCCUUAACUUUGACCUCAAUGACCUCAGCUUGGGUCGUCGUGGGACGCGCGACCUCUACAACAGCAGCUUAGGUCGCCCGGCGAAGAAGGAGGCAAUCGACGGGAGUCCGGCUCGACCCGGACAGUUUUACGAGCGCAGUCUAGGCCGGCGCACCACCAAAAGCGAGCAUUUCGGUAGCGGCGGCGCCUACGGGGACCAUGAGUUAUUUGACGACAUCCUUGCCGCGAAGAGGGAGCUCUACGAGCCUAAAGUGGCGACCGGGAGUGACGCUGUCAAGGCUGAUAUGUAUCAGACCUACAGCAACAAUGGCAAAGUGGACUCUUACCAAAGCAUUCUGGGAACAUACGGAGGCCGUAAACCUUAUCAGGCCACGCUGGAUAGCUACAGAGGCGGCUUGAAUCUCAAUGGAGGAAGGAGAUACCUGGAUGAACAACAGUGGCUGGACAGCGAGAAGUACUGAGUCUGUUCACAUCAAUCUUGUGGAUGAAGGUGAUAAAUAAGCUGCUUGUGCGUGAUUGUACAUGGUUAUGUAAAUGGAGCAAACCUUUGGGUUUAUAAUUCAACUAUGUAGUGUAUAAAUAUACAACUCCUAGCAAAAAGUAUGGAAUCAUCAGUCUCGGACGAGCACUCACUCAGACAUUUUAUUAUGUAGAACAAACUCAGAUAAAAAGCUUGCAAAAAUAAUGAAAUAGUUCAAAAGUGCGACUCUUUAGCGUUCAGAAAUACUAAAAGAAAUGAAUAGAAAACAUUGUGGUGGUCAGUAAAUGUUACUUUUACAGAGCAAGUGCAGGGAAAUAAAUAUAGAAUCACUCCAUUCUGGGGAAAAAUAUAUGGAAUCAUGAGAAACAAACAAAGAAAUAACAACCAAAACACAUCUCUAGUAUUUAGUUGCACCACCUCUGGCUUUUAUGACAGCUUGCAGUCUCUGAGGCAUGGACUUGAUGAGUUUUCUUCAUCAAUUUGGUGCCAACUCUCUUUGAUUGCAGUUGCCAGAUCAUCCUUGCAGGUCGGAGCCUUGCUGUGGACCAUUUUUUUUCAAUUUCCACCACAGGUUUUCAAUAGGGUUGAGAUCUGGGUUAUUUGCAGGUCAUGGCAAUAACUGGAUGAGUCUUUCUCCAAGGAAUGCUUUAACAGUUUUAGCUCUGUGGCAUGAUGCAUUGUCAUCUUGGAAAAUGAUGUCAUUAUCCCCAAACAUAUUUUCAAUUGAAGGGAUGAGAAUGCUCUCUAAAAUUUUAAUGUAAACUUUUGCAUUUAUUGAAGAUUUAACCACAGUCAUCUCCCCAGUGCCUUUGCCUGACAUGCAGCCCCAUAUCAUCAAGGACUGAGGGAAUUUUGAUGUUUUCUUUAUCAUCUGUGUAAAUCUCACUGGAACAACACCAAACAAAAGUUCCAGCAUCAUCACCUUGUCCAAUGCAGAUUCUUGACUCUUGACAAGGUGAUGAUGCUGGAACUUUUGUUUGUUUUGUUUGUCCAAUGCAGAUUCUUGACUCUUGACAAGGUGAUGAUGCUGGAACUUUUGUUUCUCUAUAAAAGUAACCUUUACUGACCACCACAAUGUUUUUAUUCAUUUCUUUUAGUGUUUCUGAAUGCUAAAGAGUUGCACUUUUGAACUACCGUAAUUUUCGGACAAUAAGUCGCUCCUUUUUCCCCUCAUUUUGAAACCUGCGGCUAAUAGUCCAGUGCGGCUUAUUAGUUGAUUUAUUUGGGUUAAUAUGUCACACUUUAUUUGACAGCGGCGUCAUAAGCCUGCCAUAAGACCGUCAUAAUUGUGACAUAACAGUUCGGAUCCUUUAGAUCGAUUAAAGAGUGAGAAAAUUUGCUGGAUGACACAAGAUGACAUCUAUUAUUAGCAUGAUAGUGCAUUUGCCUGAUAUGCAGCCCCAUAUCAUCAAGGACUGAGGGAAUUUUGAUGAUUUCGUCAGGCAGUCAGCUUUGUAAAUCUCACUGGAACAACACCAAACAAAAGUUCCAGCAUCAUCACCUUGUCCAAUGCAGAUUCUUGACUCAUUACUGAAAAUAACCUUCAUCCAGUCAUUCACAGUCCAUGAUUGCCUCUACUUAGCCCAUUGCAGUCCUGUUUUUUCUGUUUAAGUGAUAAUGAUGGUUUCCUUUUAGCUUUCCUGUAUGAAAAUCCCAUUUCCUUUAGGCAAUUUUGCACAGUUCUGUCACAUACCUUGACUCCAGCUUCCUCCCAAUUGUUCUUCAUUUGUCUUGUUAUACAACUUCUGUUUUCAAGACAUAUGACCUUUAGUUGUUUGUCAUAACGUUUGGAUGUCUUCCUCGGUCUACCAGUAUGCUUAACUUUUACAACCUUGCCAUGCUGUUUGUACUUGGUCCAGAUUUUUGAUACUGCUGAUUGUGAACAGCCCACAUCUUUGGCAACCAUACGUGUAGUGUUACCUUGCUCAAGAAGUUUGGAAAAUCCUCUCCUUGGUCUCAAGAGACAUCUCUCUUGUUGGAGCCAUGAUUCUUGUGAAUCCACUUGGUCCAGCAGCCCUCCAAGGUGUGAUAACUGCACUGUUUUUAACUGCUGACUAACGAGCAGAUCUAAUCUGAGGCAGGGGCCCAAUUAAGGAAUGGAAAUUGUCUGGGUGUGUCUGUAUUUUCUUCUCCAAAUGGAAGGAUUCCAUAUUUUUUUUCAGAAUGGAGUGAUUCUAUAUUUAUUUCUCUGCACUUGCUCUAUAAAAGUAACAUUUACUGACCACUACAAUGUUUUUUAUUAAUUUCUUUUAGUGUUUCUGAAUGCCAAGGAGUUGCACUUUCGAACCAAUUCAUUAUUUUUUCAAGCUUUUUUUCGGCGUCUGUUCUAGAUAAUAAAAUGUCUGAGUGAGUGCUCGUCCGAGCCUGGUGAUUCCAUACUUUUUGCUUGGGGUUGUAUAUUUUGAAUUGGCUUUUUCGUCAGACCUCUUCCUAAAUCAGAAAACAUUUGCAUUAUGUUUGUUGAAAGACUAAAUGAACCAUCGGUGUGACUGAUAAUCGUUGUUCACAGCGGCGGAACAUAGAUGAGCCUCUAAGGGGCCCGGUAUUCUGGUGUAAAGUAGGGGUGAGAACCUCUUGGUACCUUGUGCAAAUUCUUCUUGAAGAAGCUUCAGCUUUAGCCUCGAACAUCAUGUUCUCAUAGUCCACACGCGAAGUAGAGUGUUAGUAUGAAGCAUUUUGUUUCUGCUUACCAAGUGCGUAGGUUUGGUCUCAAUAUUGGUAGGGACGAUAGAACAGCAUAACCUGCAUGUACACUUUUUGCUAGGGACGGGACAGCAAGGCUACAUUUCUCACCAAUAAGAACCUAAUUAAUUGAUAGGCUAAGUGAUUAAUGCAAACUAAAUCUGUAUUGACUUACACUGCUGGCCAAAGGUAUUGGCACCCCUGCAAUUCUGUCAGAUAAUGCUCAAUUUCUCCCAGAAAAUGGUUACAAUUACAAAUGCUUUGGUAGUAAUAUCUUCAUUUAUUUUGCUUGCAGUGAAAAAACACAAAAGAGAAUGAAAAAAAAAAUUAAAUCAUUCUCAUUUUACACAAAACUCCAAAAAUGGGCCAGACAAAAGUAUUGGCACCCUCAGCCUAAUACUAGGUAGCACAACCUUUAGACAAAAUAACCGCGAACAACCACUUCCGGUCUCCAUCAAUGGGUUUCUUACAAUGCUCUGCUGGAAUUUUGGAACAUUGUUCUUUGGCCAAUUGCUCCAGGUCUCUGAAAUUUGAAGGGUGCCUUCUCCAAACUGCCAUUUUCAGAUCUCUCCACAGGUGUUCUAAGGGAUUCAGGUCUGGUCUCAUUGCUGGCCACUUUAGAAGUCUCCAGUGAUUUCUCUCAAACCAUUUUGUAGUGCUUUUUGAAGUGUGUUUUGAGUCAUUGUCCUGCCGGAAGACCCAUGAUUUCUGAGGGAGACCCAGCUUUAUCACACUGGGCCCUACAUUAUGCUGCAAAGUUUGUUGGUAGUCUUCAGACUUCAUAAUGCCAUGCACACGGUUAAGAGUCCAGUGCCAGAGGCAGCAAAGCAACCCCAAAACAUCAGGGAACCUCCGCCAUGUUUGACUUUGGGGACCGUGUUCUUUUCUUUGAAGGCCUCGUUUUUUUCCCCUGUAAACUCUAUGUUGAUGCAUUUUUCCAAAAAGCUCUACUUUUGUCUCAUCUGACCACAGAACAUUCUUCCAAAAUGUUCUUGGCUUUCUCAGGUAAGUUUUGGCAAACUCCAGCAUGGCUUUUUAUGUCUCUGGGUCAGAAGUGGGGUCUUCCUGGGUAUCCUACAAUAGAGUCCCUUUUCAUUCAGACGCCGGCAGAUAGUCCGGGUUGACACUGCUGUACCCUUGGCCUGCAGGACAGCUUGAACUUGUUUGGAUGUUAGUCGAGGUUCUUUAUUCGCCGUCCGCACAAUCUUUGAACUCUCUCGUCAAUUGUUCUUUUCCGUCCACAUCUAGGGAGGUUAGCCACAGUGCCAUGGGCUGUACACUUAUUGAUGACACUGCGCACGGUAGACAAAGGAACAUUCAGGUCUUUGGAGAUGGACUUGUAGCCUUGAGAUUGCCCAUGCUUCAUCACAACUUUGCUUCUCAAGUCCUCAGACAGUUCUUUGGUCUUCUUUCUUUUCUCCAUGCUCUAUGUGGUACACACAAGGACACAUGACAGAGGUUGAGUCAACUUUAAUCAAUUUUAACUGGCUCAGAUUCAGAGAUUUGUCAUUGACACAAGCUCUCACAUGAUGACAAUAGAUGACAACGAAAUUCCGUUCGAUGAGUGAGCAUCUGGCCGCUGGAGACAGUCCACGCCGCCAACUUCUCUUCUUCAGGAAUUACAGAGCAAGUUACAAGUAGAGCAGUUACAGAAGUUACAGUACACACAUAUAUCAUACAACAUAGCAGGGAUAUGACACGACGCACAGGUCACGUGCAGGGAUUUUUUGUACAAAAAAAAUGAGAACUACUAGUCGUGGCUGGAGGAAGAGGGGGGUCAGUGAUAAUAAGAAAAAGGCGGUGGUGGACUGGAGGGGGGUAGGUUGUGUUUUAGUGUGUGUAUGCACAUGUCUAUCAGUAUUUGUACGUGUCUGUAGAUAAGAGUCGCAGGGCCCUGUGACCUUCCUUGGGAAGAGAAUCAAGGGCAAGAGAUGGAGCCAUCUGUGCGGCUCUCUCCAGGAGAAGGGAGGGGUUGGAUAAGGGUGUUCAGGAAAGGAAAAUUAUAAUCGAAUUAAGCCGAAUAAGUAAUUUAAUAUGUCCAAAAAUACAGUUGGUCUUCAGUCAAAUUUGCGCUCCUCAGGGCGUAGGUCAGACCUUAGGUCCCUUAAGUCAUUGCCAAUAGUCGCGGUCUGCGUCGACAGUUCCGUCACCUGGCGCCAGGUAGCAUCCACUUUUACCCAUCCUUCCUCAGACCGAACCGUGAGUCCACGGAGCCAGUUCUUGAUCCGAGCCUUGACGCGGUCCUUCAAUGCCUUGAAUCGCACCGUUUGAUCCGUGGACAAUUUGUUGAUUUCCUUGAAAGCUGCCGUCUUGGAAACUUUCCGGUAGAGCAGGGCACCUCCUAAGCCAAGCAGAAGAAACCCCACGACCGUCACGCCAAACAGCCGAAAAUCCUCGAUAUCUUCCACAGAUAGGACAGUAAGACACGCUGGCUUCCAGUGAUCCCAUGAAUCUCUCAAUAUAUCCAGCAGCCAAGGUACCAUCUGGGCGAGACAGCUCUCCUGGUGCACUGUGUCUUGUUAAAUAUCUUGUCAAUUGCGCUGGGAGACCAACUAAUCAGAUCCAUUUUCGUAUGAGAGACCAGCAACAGCUGAUCCACAGGGGAAAAUACAUAAAAAGCAGACAGACUAGACUGACGAAGAUGGCGAGCAGCAGGAGCAGGGAGGAAACACGUCCGCCCCCGUCGAUGGCAGGAAGAAGAAAAAGGCUGCAAGUGUGACUUAGUUAUUGCCACCACCUGUUAUCUGCCACGGGUAAGUAACAGGUGCUGUUAAUUACACAAAUUAAAGAAGUAUCACAUGAUUUUUCAAAGGGUGCCAAUACUUUUGUCCAGCCUAUUUUGGGAGAUUUGUGUAAAAUGACAAUGAUUUAAUUUUUUUCCCCCAUUCGCUUUUGUGUUUUUUCAUUGCAAGCAAAAUAAAUGAAGAUGUCACUACCAAAGCAUUUGUAAUUGCAAUCAUGUUCUAGGAGAA